GUGUCUUGUGUAUAGGUUUCUUGUUUUGCCAUCAAGAUUAAUUUUUGGGUGUUGGAAUUAUUCUAUGUUUUGGUGAAAUAUGGUUCUUCUUGUUGUUGUUGUUUACUUUAUCUCCUUGUUUUGUUGGUCUUCCAUAAACUUCUGUAUUUUUUGGUAGUAAAGCUACUGUCUUUAUUUCUUUCUUUUCAAUUUAUUGUUUUUCUCUUGUAACCAAACAGCCCCACUGAUAAAAAUAGAAAAGAAGAUGGAAUCUUUUUGUUAUAUGGUUUCUAUCUUUACCAUGUUUGGUAAUGAGUUUGUGUCAAAUGUUGAUGUUUCAAAGGCAUAAUCAGAUGAAAGGCCAGAAAGAGUUGAGGGACAUUUCCUACUUUCAUUGAUGUGUUUUCUUGGUUUUCAAAUGUCUAGAGAUAAAUGUUUUGUACCCCCUUUAAUUGUUCUAGACACAUCUUUAUGUAUAGGUUGUGGCAGUGGAGCUUUGAAUGGUGGAAAUAUGCAUGGGCUAAUAGCAGGAGUGAAAGGGCCAUUCACUCCAUCACAGUGGAUGGAGCUGGAACAUCAGGCCUUGAUCUACAAGUACAUCACUGCAAAUGUACCAAUACCUCCUUAUCUACUCAAUCCUAUCAGAAAAGCUCUUGAAUCUGCUGGUUUCCCAACUUUUACAGGCCUUAGAUCCAAUGCUUUGGGAUGGGGUGCUUUCCAUCUAGGGUUCUCCAAUAGCAAUGAUCCAGAACCAGGAAGGUGUAGGAGAACAGAUGGUAAGAAAUGGCGGUGCUCAAGAGAUGCAGUUGCUGAUCAAAAGUAUUGUGAGCGACACAUGAACAGGGGUCGCCAUCGUUCAAGAAAGCCUGUCGAAGGACAAACUGGAAAUUCCGCCUCUGCAAACACCGGUGCUACUACUACUACAACUACUACUUCCGCCAAGCUGAUGAACAUGUCAUCUGCAGCAUCAGCAGCUUUGGCUUCCGGAGGAGGUGCUGCUGCAUCAUCCAACAGUCUCAAUCUCUCUCAUCACAGUCAACUCUGCAACUUGCAGCCUGCAGUAACUAAUCCAUCCACAACAUCCCCUUAUCUAGAAAGGAGUUACACGGCCAAGGAGAAUUUUGGUGAAAGGUAUUCCGAUAUGAAAGGCUCUACAAUUGUUUCACCAAGUGUAAAAGAGCCCCAGUAUAAGGAGCAGAAUCUUUAUGGAGUAACCUCGAGGGCUGAAUUUGGAUUAGUUUGUGCCGACUCUUUGAUCAAUCCACUGAAUAAGAAGUCUUCAUUAGUGAACUGCCGUGGCUUUGGCAAUUCAGAUAAUAUCAGUGAUCAAGAAAGUAAAUCACAACAUCAUCCUCUUCGACAAUUCAUGGAUGAUUGGCCCAAAAACCAAUCAGAUCAAUCGAAUGUUUCAUGGCCAGACAUUGAUUUGCAGUCAGAUCCAACUCAGCUCUCCAUUUCCAUCCCUGUAGUCACAUCAGACUUCAUGUCUUCGACUUCCUCUCCUGCAAAUGACAAACUCACGGCCUCAUCACACAGGUCUCGGGAGCAUGAAGCAACUCAAAUGGGACUUGGCAUUGGUACCAUCAUCAGUGAACAUAACCAAAGACAAGGAAGUUGGAUUCCUAUAUCAUGGGAAUCUUCCAUGGGUGGACCUCUUGGGGAGGUCUUGCAUAGCACUAAUAGCAGCUCGGGCGAUUGCAAGAACAACUCAGCUCUUAAUCUCAUGACCGAGGGUUGGGAUAGAAGCCCCCGGAUGGGUUCAUCACCAACCGGGGUCUUACAAAAGUCCUCGUUUGGUUCCCUUUCAAACAGCAGUGCAGGGAGCAGUCCUAGAGCAGAAAACAGUAAGACAACGAACGAGGGCUCCAGUCUUUGUAAUGGCCUUCUUGGAACAACUAUCAUGAAUCCAACCCUACCUGCCAUGUAAUGUGUAAAACUAGGAAUAUGCUAUUUUGUAAUUCUAGUAGUGAGUACUUUCCCUUUUCCCCCCUAAUGCUCACACCCUUGCCUAAACAAUAUGUACUGAAGAUAUUAAAUGACUUGAGUAUGCCAGUUAAGAUUUGUUCAUUUGUUAA